AUGGGUAGCCAGGCGUGUAGCACUGGCUCGUUCCUGAAGCGGAACCCUGGCGUUAAAGAGGGUUAUCGAUUCAGCGAGCCGAAAAUUGAGACAUUCUUUAAAGUAAUGGAAACGACCGCCCAGUUCUCCACCUCACCACGCUGUCGAGCACUGAUUAUCAUGGGUUCACCGGCCGAUCAGGCCCAUUGUGAGAAGAUUGCCGUCAGCUGUCGAGCACUGGGCGUGACGCCCAUUCUUCGUAUUAGCUCCGCCCACAAGGUAACCCCGCCCAAAUGUAAUUCUGGUCGAUUGGUUUAUUUCGCGAUUUUGAAGACGACAAGAGAAACGCUGGACAUUGUCGCGGAAUACGAUGACGAUAUGACCCCCACAGUAAUCAAUUGUCCACCGUUGACCGAAGACAAUGCGACGUACGAUAUCUGGUCAUCGUUGAGAAUGCCGUCCGGAUUGGGAUGUUCGACUGUUCUUGGAGCCGACGAGGCAGCUCUAUGCGCAGCUAAGGUAACUUUCAUAUCCAUUCUUGGAUCUAUU